GCAUCCUCCGUGCUGAGCUCCAGUGUCACUGUAGGUUAAGGGGACGAGGGAAGGCAUCUGCAGACCCUUUUCACCCCGUACGCUUGGUCAUCACCCACAAAACUUGGGGUUGCCGAAUGAAGGGCGCUAGGACCCGGUGGCGCGGUGCCGGCAGGGACCUCGCGCUCGGGGCGCUGAAGGGCGCCGCGGGGCCCCGUCGCAACACGCCGGGGCAGGUGGGGGCUCCCGAGGGGCGGAGGCGGCCGCCACACCUAGGGCGCAGCUGAGCGCCCGGGCCCGGCGCGGGCGGACCCGCCCUGAGGGCCGCGCGUGUCCCCGGCCUCGGCCCCGCCCCGCCCCGUCCAAUGAGAGCCCGCGGCCAAGGGGGCUGUCCGCACACUCGGCCCGCAGCUCCGCGCCGCGCCGCAGCGCCCCUGGUACCGCACUCGGUGCUCUGGCACCGCGCCCCAGGUCCCGGGCUCGGCGCGCCGUCGUCGGCUUUCGGAUACCUCAACGUGCGCCCCUCUGCGGGACCCUGCGCCCCGGCUCCUGGACUCCAGGUGACCGUAGGUCCCCAGCCGCCGGCAAACCCCAUGGCCGCCCAGGGGGGUGAGGUGGGAGCAGCCUGAGUGCCACCAGACGGGUCCCCGUCCACGCCCCUGCGGGCUGCACGGCCAGAGUCGCGGGGAGCUAUGCUGAGGCCGGGUGGUGCGAAGGAAGCUGCGCAGCUCCCCCCUCGGCGCACCCGCGCCCCUGUCCCUGAGCCCGAGCCCAGACCCGCGGCUCCCGACGGCUCCCGGGCUUCGGUCCGUCUAGGUCUUGCCUGCUUUCUGCUGCUGCUGCUGCUGACGCUGCCGGCCCGCGUAGACACGUCCUGGUGGUACAUUGGGGCACUGGGUGCCCGAGUGAUCUGUGACAAUAUCCCUGGUUUGGUGAGCCGGCAGCGGCAGCUGUGCCAGCGUUACCCAGACAUCAUGCGUUCGGUGGGCGAGGGUGCCCGAGAAUGGAUCCGAGAGUGUCAGCACCAGUUCCGCCACCACCGCUGGAACUGCACCACGCUGGACCGGGACCACACUGUCUUUGGCCGCGUCAUGCUCAGAAGUAGCCGGGAAGCAGCAUUUGUAUAUGCCAUCUCAUCAGCAGGGGUGGUACAUGCUAUCACUCGUGCCUGCAGCCAGGGUGAACUGAGUGUGUGCAGCUGUGACCCCUACACCCGUGGCCGACAUCAUGACCAACGUGGGGACUUUGACUGGGGUGGCUGCAGUGACAACAUCCACUAUGGUGUCCGUUUUGCCAAAGCCUUUGUGGAUGCCAAGGAGAAGAGGCUUAAGGAUGCCCGGGCCCUCAUGAACUUACAUAACAACCGCUGUGGUCGCACGGCUGUACGGCGGUUUCUAAAGCUGGAGUGCAAGUGCCAUGGUGUGAGUGGCUCCUGUACUCUGCGCACCUGCUGGCGUGCACUCUCAGACUUCCGCCGCACAGGUGAUUAUCUGCGGCGGCGCUAUGAUGGGGCUGUACAGGUGACAGCCACCCAAGAUGGUGCCAACUUCACAGCAGCUCGCCAAGGCUAUCGCCGGGCCACCCGGACUGAUCUUGUCUACUUUGACAACUCCCCAGACUACUGUGUCUUGGACAAGGCUGCAGGUUCCCUAGGCACUGCAGGCCGUGUCUGCAGCAAGACAUCAAAAGGAACAGAUGGUUGUGAAAUCAUGUGCUGUGGCCGAGGGUACGACACAACUCGAGUCACCCGUGUCACUCAGUGUGAGUGCAAAUUCCACUGGUGCUGUGCUGUGCGUUGCAAGGAGUGCAGAAACACUGUGGACGUCCACACUUGCAAGGCCCCCAAGAAGGCAGAGUGGCUGGACCAGACCUGAACACAGAUACCUCACUUAUCCCUCCACUUCAAGACUUCCAACUCAAAAGCACAAGAUCCUUGCAUGCACACCUGCCUCCACCCUCAAUCCUGGGCUGCUACAGCUUCUACUUAAGGACUUGGAGAAUAAUCCAGAGGGACCAUAGUGUCCUGACUAGUUCCUUAGCCCUGGGAAGGAGUUGACAGGGGAUAUGAGAAACUGAACGGCUCCCUGAUUUCCUCCUCUGGAGGGAGGUAUGAAUGGAGAGAAGAGGUAGGGGUUCUUCAGAGUGAUAUGAGUUGCACUAAAGUACCUAGGUGAGGCUCAUUUUUCCUUUCCCUUGCACCGGCUUCCUGACACUUCUUGGGUGUGCAAGAGGAAGGGUACCUGGAGAGAGCUGCUUUUUUCUUCCUACCUGGCUGAGGUUAGAUGGGACAGAGAUGAAACUGCAUGUCCCUUCCUUGGAGUCAGUUUGAGCAGAUUGCCCGGUACCCCAAAAGAAAAACGUAGGCUACAACAUUCCUUUACUAUUGAGAGCCUGAGAUUGCUAGACAAGAGUUAGCCAAAGUAGAUGAGGUUCCAUUCACAUGCUCCUAUGUUUAUAAACUGCUGUGUUUUUUAGGGGGAAAAAGUCAUAUAACUAUACAAACACACAUUCAUUCAUUCUCUCCCCCUACCCUCUUUUCAACCUAUAUCAGACAGUAUUGCCUCUUUCGCUCACUUGCUGCCUAUUGAAACUAAGAUGUUAUGCAGUGGCUCCCAUGCCUAACAGAUCAUUACAACAACACCCUGGAACAUUCCUAGGAUCGAGUAAAUUAGUAAGUCUAGCUAGGCCUUGCGAUUUUACCCCUGUGUGUUAUUCUGGAGGUUAGCCCGGUUUAGGAAACACCGAGUAAAAGAUAGGCAACUCAUGGAGGGUGGGUGAGGGUAAGCAGGCCUGUUCUCAAGGGCCACAUGAGAUAUCAGUGUAUACUAGGCAGGUAGGCAUCUCUGGCUCUAGUAAUUCUUUAGAAGAGGAUCCUACCCUUUGAAGCUGGAAGUAGAAGCCAGUGGCUACAGAUGGAAGGACAGCUGGGGCUUGGGCCAAAGUGGUAAACAGCUUAGAAGGCAGCCUUCCCCCAUUUACUCAACAAAUCUUUAGUGACUCUCCAAGUCCUGGUGAUUAUUAUUGUUCACUCCACAUUUGGCUUAAAUAGGGAGGGUUCCUUCUAUGCUAGUACCUGUUACCUAACUAGGUAUGCAGUAGUGGAGUCUCCAGAGAUAGCACAUAGUAAGCUGGAGGGUAGGACAUGAAGUCCCAAAAACCUUGAUGUCCUAUUUCUAUGUGACUUGGAUAGUGGUUAUCUCUUGGCUGUUAAUAUUCUAAAGUAGCAGAAUUGUGUAGAGAUUUGCAGUUAUGAUAGACCUGGCUUAAAAUCAUA